UACGCAUGUUAUACAGUAUAGUCGUUCAUCGGCACGAUGUAGUUCACUUAGCUAUCGUGCUAAUUAAUAUGAAACAAUAGGACAAUAGGAUCUUUGACAGAUGCCAAAUCAGACGGUUUUUUUUUUUUUUUCAUUUCCGUCCGGCUGUCGUCCUCUCUCUGGGGGUGGCGUGUUUAAUGUCAACGUUAGCCCCCCCCCCCCCCCAUAUACCAUACCUUCUAUGCAACACGCGGAUUUGCCGCUGGUCAGAGUUGGCCGUGACGCGCGGCCCUGCAGGGGAAGAAGAGCAGCGGCGGCGGCAGCAGCAGCAGCACAGCAGCAGCAGCAGCAGCAGCAGCAGCAGCACAAGCACACAUCUCCGCACAAUGCAGCCAGGAGCGUGCGGCUCGUUCUGAGAAACAUUUUUGCGGGCGCCCUCGCUACGUAUCCACACGCACACACGUAUACGUCGGCUUUGUUGUUGUAGUUGUGCUGAACCGAGUCGGGAACCCCGGUGCAAAAGGCGGCGGAUACCUUACCGGAUCACGCGAUGUGGGGAUGGACGGCGCGCACUACUUUGACUCUUCGCCCUCUCCAAGCGGACUAUGAGGUCCCCCCUCCGAGUGAAACUUUGUCGGAUCGCGAGUGGGAAUCGGUAAGCAGCGCGCAGUCCCCGCAACAUGGCCUCGGCUGCUAGUGCGCCCCCCGAGCCGGGGACAGGAGAGCCCGGCCGGCCGAGGCUAACGCGGAGGACCCGGAGGGACUCGAGCCGCGAGCCUCCACCGCCGGAUUUGGACUACCUGCAGCGGCCGAGCUACUGCGACGCGGGCUUCGCUUUGGAGCAGAUCUCCCAGGGGAAGGCAACCGGGAGAAAAGCGCCGCUCUGGCUGAGAGCAAAGUUCCAGAGACUUUUAUUCAGGCUGGGCUGCUACAUACAAAAGAACUGCGGAAAGUUUUUGGUGGUGGGCCUCAUGAUUUUCGGAGCGUUCGCGGUGGGCUUACGGGCAGCUAAUUUGGAGACGGAUGUGGAGAAGCUUUGGGUGGAAGUGGGCGGGCGCGUGAACCAGGAACUAAAGUACACACGUCAGAAGAUCGGCGAAGAGUCCAUGUUCAACCCUCAGCUCAUGAUCCAGACGGCGCGCCAGGAGGGAGCCAGUGUGCUGACAGUGGACGCGCUGCUGCAGCACCUGGAGUCAGCCAUGCGAGCCAGUAGAGUUCAUGUUUACCUUUACGACCGACAAUGGAAAUUGGAACACUUAUGCUACAAAACAGGAGAACUAGUCACGGAAACACAUAUAAUGGAACAGAUCAUAGAAAAUCUUCACCCCUGUCUCAUCAUCACACCUCUGGACUGUUUCUGGGAGGGAGCCAAGCUCCAAUCUGGGAUGUUCCAUUUACUAGGGAAAGACCUUUUGCAGUGGACCAAUUUUGACCCCAAGGAGCUCCUUGAAGAACUGCGGGGGAAAAACUUGCCUGUGGAGACCUUUGAGGACAUGUUGGAAAAGGCUGACAUUGGUCACGGCUACAUGGACCGACCCUGCCUGAACCCCACCGACCCCGACUGUCCCCUCACUGCCCCCAACAAGAACUCCACCAAGCCCAUAGAUGUUGCGUGGGCCUUGAACGGUGGAUGCCACGGCCUGUCUAGGAAGUACAUGCACUGGCAGGAGGAGCUAAUUGUAGGCGGGACCACCAAGAACGGCAGCGGACCACUGCUCAGCGCACAGGCCUUACAGACCAUGUUCCAGCUGAUGACUCCCAAGCAGAUGUUUGAGCACUUCAGGGGCUACAAUGAGGUUUCCCACAUCAACUGGAAUGAGGAAAAGGCAGCGGCUAUACUGGAGGCCUGGCAGAGGAGAUAUUCUGAGGCUGUGUUACAGAGUGUGGCAGCAAACUCGUCCCAGAAGGUCUUGUCGUUCACCACCACCACCCUGGAGGACAUCCUCAAGUCCUUCUCCGACAUCAGCGUCAUCCGAGUGGCCAGCGGCUACUUGCUGAUGCUGGCCUACGCGUGUCUGACCAUGCUGCGGUGGGACUGCGCCAAAUCUCAGGGGGCUGUCGGGUUGGCGGGUGUCCUGCUGGUGACGCUUUCGGUGGCGGCGGGCCUCGGCCUCUGCUCUCUACUGGGCAUCACCUUCAAUGCCGCCACAACACAGGUGCUCCCAUUUCUGGCACUGGGUGUGGGUGUGGACGACAUCUUUCUCCUCGCUCACGCCUUCAGCGAGACGGGACAGAACAAGAGGAUCCCAUUUGAGGACCGCACGGGCGAGUGUCUGAAGAGAACCGGGGCCAGCGUGACGCUCACCUCCAUCAGCAACGUCACCGCUUUCUUCAUGGCUGCGCUCAUUCCCAUACCGGCGCUCCGGGCAUUCUCCUUACAGGCUGCAGUGGUGGUGGUGUUUAACUUUGCCAUGGUCCUGCUCAUCUUCCCGGCCAUCCUCAGCAUGGACUUGUACCGACGGGAAGACAGACGCUUCGACAUUUUCUGUUGCUUCUACAGCCCGUGUGCCAACCGUGUGAUCCAGAUGGAGCCUCAGGCGUACCUGGAUGGAUCAGACGGGAGUCGCUACAGCCUACCGCCGUCCUACCGCACGGCGCUGCCGUUUAACCACACGCCGCCUCCCAGCUACAGCCCGCCGCCCUCCUAUAGCAGCCACAGCUUCGCACAGCAGACCCAGAUCACCAUGCAGUCCACGGUGCAGCUCCGGACCGAGUACGACCCCCGCACCCAGGUCUUCUACACCACAGCCGAGCCCCGGUCUCAGAUCUCCGUGCAGCCCGUCAAUCCACCUCCCGGCCGGAGCAACCCUCGCAGCGACUAUUAUAGCAACAACAACAACAACAGCGGGAGGCGGAGUCACCGGACAGCUCGAUACCAUCCCUCUGGGGCUCCAGCUGCUGCUUCAUGCACAAUCCCUCAGCAGGAUUCUGCUUCAGGAAGCAGCCAGAGCCCGGAAAAUAACAGCUCCACACGGGACUUGCUGUCCCAGCUUGGGGGGGCCUCGCUCGGCCUAAGGUGCAUGGAGCCUCCCUGCACCCGCUGGACACUGGCUUCUUUCGCUGAGAAGCACUACGCCCCUUUUCUGCUGCAGUCCACCACCAAGAUGGUGGUGAUCGCGCUUUUUCUCUGCUUGCUGGGGGUCAGCCUCUACGGGACCACCCAGGUGCGGGACGGCCUGGAGCUGACCGACAUUGUGCCGAGGGAGACCAGCGAGUAUGACUUCAUUGGCGCCCAGUUCAAGUUCUUCUCCUUCUACAACAUGUACGUGGUGACGCAGCGGGCCGAUUACGCUCACAAGCAGCCACUGCUGCACCAGCUUCACCGCAGGUUCCACACUGUCCGCUAUGUGCUGAAGGAGGACAAUGGACAGCUGCCCCCCAUGUGGCUUCACUACUUCAGGGACUGGCUGCAAGGUCUGCAGCAGGCAUUCGACAAGGACUGGGAGGCCGGCCGCAUCACUCUGAGCAGCUAUAAGAAUGGUUCCGACGACGGCGUCCUGGCAUACAAGCUUCUGGUGCAGACAGGACGCAGAGAGAAGCCCAUCAACUUUAACCUGCUGACCCGUCACAGGCUUGUGGACGCCGACGGGAUUAUCAACCCGGCGGCCUUCUACAUCUACCUGACCGCCUGGGUCAGCAACGACCCGGUGGCCUACGCAGCGUCACAGGCCAACAUUCGCCCGCAUCCUCCAGAGUGGCUCCACGACCGCACUGACUCCAUUCCCGAAACACGCCUCAGCAUCCCUGCCGCCGAGCCUAUCGAAUUCGCACAAUUCCCCUUCUACCUCAACGGGCUCCGGGAGACGCCGCAGUUCGUGGAGGCCAUCAAGAGCGUGCGGGCCAUCUGCGGCAACUACAGCCGCCAAGGCCUGCCCUCGUACCCCAACGGUUAUCCCUUCCUCUUCUGGGAGCAGUACAUCAGUCUUCGCCACUGGCUCCUGCUCUCCCUCAGCGUGGUGCUGGCGUGCACCUUCCUGGUUUGCGCCCUCUUCCUACUCAACCCAUGGACCGCCGGCAUCAUUGUGUUGGUGCUAUCACUCAUGACAGUGGAGCUGUUUGGCUUCAUGGGGCUGAUGGGAAUCAAGCUAAGCGCCGUCCCCGUCGUCAUCCUCAUCGCCUCGGUGGGCAUCGGGGUGGAGUUCACUGUCCACGUGGCUCUGGCCUUCCUGACAGCCAUAGGGGACCGCCACAAGCGGGCAGUGCUGGCUCUGGAGCACAUGUUUGCGCCGGUGCUUGACGGCGCCUUCUCAACGUUGCUGGGCGUUCUGAUGCUCGCCGGCUCGGAGUUCGACUUCAUCGUCAGGUAUUUCUUUGCAGUACUGGCCAUCCUCACAGUUCUGGGAGUUCUGAACGGACUGGUCCUUCUUCCCGUUUUGUUGUCCUACUUUGGGCCCUAUCCUGAGGUGUCUCCAGUGGAUGGUCGCAGCAGGUUACCCACCCCAGAGUCCCCGUCCCACACGGUCCGCUUUUCAGUCCAUCCCCAACCCGCCGCUUCAGCCUCGGCCACCUCAGGCGCAGUCUCGGACUCGUCGGACUCCGAGUACAGCUCCAACAGCAGCGCGUCGGGCGUUAGCCAGGAGCUGCGCGAAAACCUGCCCCCGCACAGGGGGCACACUGGGACCGAAGAACGGCAGCAGCAGCAGCAGCAGCAGUUCCACCUCCACACCAGCAGAGGCGGAGUGACAAGGACAGAGGAGGAAAGGAGGGCGGGAUCGGGGCACAGGCGCUCAACCAGGCAGCCCGACCCCCCGGCCUGUAACGUUUCUUCGUCUCAGGGCUGUAAUGCCGGACCCGGGCCCAGCGCUCCCCAACGGAACAGGGACCCCAAGGGCCAGCAGCACCGGCAGGCCCCGCCACCAGGCCGCCCGCGCACAGACGCUUUCGAAACCUCUCCCGAGGCCGGCGCCCACGGACACAGAGAACAGUCGGCGGGCCACCGGGGGCGUACCCCCCCGCACCGCCCCAACACUUACGGCCAGCCCAUCACCACGGUGACGGCGUCGGCCUCCGUCACCGUGGCCGUCCACCCCGCCGGCUCGUCUUACCCGGCAUACUCUGCGACGGACGCUUAUCGCCAGGAGGAGCCCCGGGCCUCCUUCCAAGAUCCCCACGUGCCCGCGGACCCCCACGUGGGCGGCGCAGGGAGCGCGGUGGACGCCAUGGAGCUCCAGGAUCUGGAGUUUGAAGCAGCUGACGGCAACAGUGGCUGACGGGCCAGCUGAGUGUGUGUUCGUGUCACGGCCAAAGAUGAACUGUAAGCGGAUGACUUGGCCCGGCCCGACUUGCCCAUGGUCCUGACGCCUUCCCCAUCAUGGUGCUCAUUCUUACUGUAACCCCGUGGUCUCUUGUCUUAAAAUAUUUCGAUAAGUAUUUAAAAUGAUGUAUACAUAUGUAAAUAAGAAGAAAAAAAAAGUAGCUUUGUUUAGGGAGGGGAGAGAGUUGUGCAAGUCCUCACGUGAACAGACCGGGGGCUGCCAUUUUGUUUGGUGCCUUUCCGUCUGUGUGUGUGUGUGUGUGUGUGUGUGUGUGUGUGUGUGUGUGUGUGUGUGUGUGUGUGUGUGUACGUACGUAUGUGUUAUUCAAUCCCAAUCAGUUUGAACUAUGCAAAUGUAGGAAGGAGAACAAAGAUGUGGUUUGGUGGGUAACGCAGAGUUAGCCAUAUGAUAUUGCAAGAUACUAAACAAUAAUUGAGAUAUUGGAGGAAAAUCAAAUAUCAAACAAAUGAUCCACACUGUAGUUGAAAUUGCAAACAAUUUAUUUUCUGAUGCUUUUGGUUCAUUGGCAAAAUAUGAUUUUGUGAUACUAUUGGUAUCAAAAGCAAAUUUCUGUCUUAAGAUACGAUUGAUAUUGACGGCAAAUAAUAUUUUGUGAUUACUAUUAGUAUUAUGAACAAAAGAAUUGGUGAUACAAUGGGCGAAAUAUGUCACGAUGGUAUCCUUGACACAAUAUUUUGUGAUUUGGUAUCUUUGGCAAACUAUUGUAUCGCUAUAUGAUCGCCAUCAUGAUACUUUGGUGUCUAUCUUAAAAUACUACAUCAUAUUGUGAUACAUUGAAGUAUUUUUGAAAAAAUAUAAUAUUAUUGCAUCAUUGGUCAAAUAUAGUAUCAAACUAUUGAUAUUGUGAUACUACAGUUAUCCUGGGAAAAAUACUGUAUGGCAAUCUUACUGGUACUGUAAUAUUAAUAUUGUCAGAAUACCAUAUAGCAAUUCCGUGAUCCCACCUACACUGUGUAUGUAUGUUAGCUUUGUUAUGAUCAUUUCAAACAUGAGGCAAAGCAUAAUUAGCGUUGUUUGCUAGUCCAAAGUGUGUGUGCGUAUAAAACGUGCGUGUGUGUGUGAUGUUUGUUGUACAAAGGUACGCGUGUCAAACGAUGACGUCUUAUCACAAACCUGUGGUAGUUUUGGUAACAAUGUUUUAACUCCACACGCUAUGCGUGCUAUUUAAGACGAGCAAAUAUGAAGACUUUUUUUUUUUUUUUUUUUUAAUGAAGCUAGUUUUUGUUUUCAAGUCACUGCCUCAACAAUGGAACCUGUUUGUGCACUCAGCUUCUCCGAUUUGUGUGUUUGUUUUUGCAUGUGGAAAAGGGUGGGCAUCCUUGAAGUCCUGUCAAGGGCCACCGAUGUUUUUAUAAAGUCAUUCGAGGGCCAGAGAUGGCAAAAUUAAUCGCAUUCUGUACUUGGAAACAAGCAGAAGUACAGGCCCUUGUGUAAGGUACAAAAAAGUAGUAAAAUUAGAAGUGUCUUAAGUAAAAAAAAUAAUACCGUAAUUCCCGGCCUACAGAGCGCACCUGGUUAUAAGCCUCACCGAGUACAUUUGUAAAGGAAAUACCAUUUGGUACAUAGAUACGCCGCAGCUGUGUAAAAGUCGCAAGUGCCCACAUUGAAACGCGAGAUAUUUACACAAAAAUACGGUACACACAGAGUUCAACGCUGAUGCUAGCGCCGCGCUAACAAGGCCGGUUAAAAAAAAAACAAAACAUAUCAGUAAAAAUCACAGAGACACGGCAGUAACACGCUAGCGCAGCGGUAACAGGGCCGGACUGGUAAAAGUCACUUCCUCGGCACAUAUAUUCCACUGGUCUCACUCUUACCUUUUCCGCUCGAGUGCCCCCUUGCGGCCAUUAGAAAAAAUCACCGCAUAAGCCGCAGGGUUGAAAAAAGUUGUGACUUAUAGGCCGGAAAUUACGACAUUUUACUGUCAAUUACAUACAAUACCUGUUUUGAUAAGAUGCUCAUUGGAAAUUGUGCACCUUUGUGCAAUAAACAAAAUAGUUUCUUUCUUUAUGAACUAAAUUAGCUAAUGAUAACAACGGAGGGUUGCAUCAAAAGCGCUUACAAGGCCCACCAGCCACAUGUUCCCCACCCUUUACUGGAGAAGCAAAUGUCUUUUUUACCUUAGCCGGCAACAAAUAGCAUUUUUUAUUUAGUUUUUUUUUUUAUUUCUUAAAACCACCUCAGAAAGUUCUGGAACAGGGUCCAAACAAACAGUGGGGGGUACUAACUCACCCCCCUUUGGUUCUCGCCUAGCGGAUAAGCUAAAUAUUCGCACUACAUACUGUACAACGCGGCACAACCAGACUAUCAACUAACUAUAUUUCAACUUUGUAACCUUUGAUUUUUGUAGGCUGACCGAUAAGCUAGUUAGCCCGCUAUCCUGCUAACGGCUUCAUGCUACACAACUUUCGCCUCGUCUGUACGUAUCCUUCCUCUUUGGUAAAACCUUAACUGGAGUUAGCAGCACGAUGCUAAUUGGAACGCCCGGCCCUUUUAAAGCCAAAUGGUACAGCCCAAGCUCCCCUCUUGUGUGCGUGUGUGUCCUCUUACUUCCUGACAUCUUUCCAAUCAGCUGCUUGCAUGAACUAGGUUGUUCGAUUAUUAUUUUUCUUUUGUUUUCUCUCUGUGUCAUAUUGGCAAUAGUGGAGGAACUCAUAGCUGACAACUGUUUUAUUCAAUUUUAAAUGGUUCGUUUGUUUCUUAACAUUCAAUUGUGAUAUUUAUAUAUUUUGUAAUAUAAUGUUGUUUUUUUGUCAUUGUGAUGCCAGUGGAUAACAAAUGCAGGGAUUUUUAUGAGAUGAAAAACACUAUUACAAUUUAUUGUUUUGAUCUGUAUAAAGUGCUUACUAAUGUUAAAUAGGAGGAUAUGAAAAAGAUGAUUUACCAUUUUUACACUACAGGUCUCAUCAUAGCUCUUAGAGGAUUUUUUUUUUCUUUUCUUUUUAAGGAAAAAUGAAAAAAAAAAUACAUGAUUGUUUCAGACUGCCAUUUUGGAUGUAUGGUGUUGUUCCGUUACAAAGAUAAAUGUAUGCCAUAUAAUUUAUUUAUAUGAAAAUUAUUUUUGUAGUGUACAUAGUAGCGGUCAAGGCUAUUUUGACAGAAGUAUAUUUGAAAGAGUUUAUAUGGAAUGAUAUACAGUACCAUACCACAGGAAAGGUGGACACAAUGUCAACACACCUCCCCUUCAGUAUUACACAGUUGUGCGUGUGUAUGUAUGUUUGCGUGCGCAUGUGUAUGUAUGUUUGUGUGUGUUUGCACGUGUGUGUGGCCAUCCAAGUAGAACAUUGUACUAGCUCGCCAAAUAUCCAUGUUGAAACACUGAUAGAAUUCUAACUAAUAAAAUCAAAAAUAUAACUUAUUUGUGUUUUUAUUCAUAUCUUUAAUAAUUAAAAAAAAAGAAUUG